UUAUUUCAUCUCCAACUCUCAUUCAGCUAACCCAUAUCCCAUAAGUCUCAACAAUAAACAACACACCCUCCUCUCGCUCAUCUUCCUCUCCUAUCUCUUAAACAAUGUCAAAAAUCAUAGGCAAGAGCUUCCCCCUCUGCUUCCCCAAUUUCAUCAAAUGCCUACCUACAAUCCAAGCUCCGCCAGAUCACGCCUCAAACGAAUUAGACCACGAAAACCAGCCACCACGUUGCUCCACCACCAACACCUCAUGUACAUCGCUGAUCAUCAAGAACUUCAACUCCCUCUAUAAUGACUUCAACUUGAUCAACUCAUCAUCAGACAACUCAACCUCCAAAUCCCCCACAGCCUCCUCCUCCGCCGAUGAUGAUCAUUUCUACUCCUCCUCCGACUCAGACUCUGACCAGUACUCCCCUCCCGACUUUGCCACCAUCUUCGCCUCUCAACGAUUCUUCUUCUCCUCCCCGGGACAAUCCAACUCCAUCGUCGAGUCUCCAGACACCACCACAAAACCCAAGUCGUCUCAGAAAAGAAUGUUGGUCACCAAAGGCGUGCGCGUUUCCAAGUAUUCCUCAAACCCUUACAUGGAUUUUCGGCUUUCAAUGGAGGAAAUGCUCGAAGCGAAUCGAGAUCAUAUACCGGCAGGUGAAUCAGGUGAUCAUGUUCAUCAUAGUACAAGCGAUGACAUGGAGUAUUUACAUGAGCUUCUCUUUUGCUACCUUUCGCUCAAUCCGAAACACGCCCACAAGGACAUUAUUAAUGCCUUCACCGACCUUCUCAUCUGCCUACUGUGUGCUGAAGAUUCAUCACCACCAGCUUUGGUGGCGAUGACCGUCAAGAACAACCAGAAACUCAUUAGCGGCGGCGUUUCAUGUUUUAUGUAUGAGGACAAAGGAAAUUACGUAUUUUGAUGAUCACAAAACCAAGGAAGGCGUGGGAUAUGUUGAAGUCUCAAAAUGUAUGUUUAUAUAUUUUUCUUGUAGUAUUUGUUGAUUAUGUUAUGUAAAAAAACGUUUUUAGGUUAACAAUGUACUUUUUUGUGGUUGAAUGUUCGUCACUGGGGCAAUGGUAAGUGGUGACAAGAAAAGUAUGGCUUA